GGGCGUCACGGUCGGUGUCGUCGUCGUCGUCGUCGUCGUCGCCGGGCGGCGGUUCGAAGGCCCCGGACACGUCCCUGUUCGUGCCGCUCAGCCUGAAGCCGCAGGCCCGCGGCGCCCAGGGGGAUGUCGGCGCCGAGCUCACACGGACCCUGGACAAGGGUGAAGUGUUAAAGGUCUUAAACAAGUUUUACAAAAGGAAAGAAAUGCAGAGACUGGGUGCCGAUAACGGUUUGGAUGCUCGACUCUUCUACCAGGCUUUCAUCAGCUUCAGAAAAUACAUUAUGGAAUCUGAGUCCCUGAAUGUGGAUGUCCAUAUCAUUCUGAGUGAUAUAUGCUGCGAUGCAGGUCACGUGGAUGAUCUCUUCCCCUUUUUCAUGAGGCACGCCAAGCAGAUAUUUCCCAUGUUGGACUGUAUGGACGACCUCCGCAAAAUCAGCGAUUUACGAUUGCCCCCCAACUGGUACCCGGAAGCCAGAGCUAUUCAACGGAAGAUCAUCUUUCACUCCGGUCCGACCAACAGUGGGAAAACGUACCACGCCAUCCAGAGAUACUUAACCGCGAAAUCGGGAGUGUACUGCGGUCCCUUAAAACUGCUGGCCCAUGAAAUCUUCGAGAAGAGCAAUAACGCUGGCGUUCCUUGCGAUUUAGUAACGGGGGAAGAACGCGUGGCUGUAGAUCCAGAAGGAAGGCAAGCCACCCACGUCGCUUGCACCGUGGAGAUGUGCAGUGUCACCACGCCGUACGAAGUGGCCGUGAUUGAUGAAAUCCAGAUGAUUAGAGAUCUGUCAAGAGGAUGGGCUUGGACCAGGGCGCUUCUAGGGCUCUGUGCAGAAGAAAUUCACGUGUGCGGAGAAGCUGCUGCUAUUAACUUGGUGACAGAGCUCAUGUACACUACAGGGGAAGAAGUGGAGGUUCGAAACUACAAAAGACUCACUCCUUUCACUGUCCUGGAUCACGCCUUAGAAUCUCUAGAUAACCUCCAGCCCGGCGACUGCAUAGUUUGCUUCAGCAAGAACGAUAUUUAUUCCGUGAGCCGGCAGAUCGAAAUCCGAGGGCUGGAGUCCGCCGUCAUAUACGGCAGCCUCCCUCCUGGGACAAAACUGACCCAGGCCAAAAAAUUCAACGACCCCGACGAUCCCUGCAAGAUCCUGGUGGCCACAGAUGCCAUUGGCAUGGGACUUAAUUUGAGCAUCAAGCGAAUAAUCUUUAACUCCCUCAUCAAGCCCUGUAUCAACGAGAAGGGGGAGAAAGAGAUGGAGCCGAUCACCACCUCCCAGGCCCUGCAGAUUGCCGGCCGGGCCGGGCGAUUCAGCACCAAGUUCAAGGAGGGGGAGGUCACCACCAUGUACCGCGAAGACUUGAAACUGUUGAAGGAGAUUUUGAACAGGCCCGUGGAGCCCAUGGCGGCAGCUGGUCUUCACCCCACGGCUGAACAGAUCGAGAUGUUCGCAUACCAACUUCCCGAUGCCACCCUCUCCAAUCUGAUUGACAUUUUUGUGAGUCUCUCUCAGGUUGAUGGCCACUAUUUCGUCUGCAAUGUGGAUGAUUUUAAGUUCUUAGCGGAUAUGAUCCAGCACAUACCUUUAAAUUUAAGAGUGAGGUAUGUGUUCUGCACAGCACCCAUCAAUAAAAAGCAGCCUUUUGUUUGCACUUCCCUGCUAAAGUUUGCCAGACAAUACAGCAGGAACGAGCCCCUGACGUUCGACUGGCUGUGCCGGCACACCAACUGGCCGUUGGUCCCUCCGAAAAACAUCAAGGACCUCAUCCACCUGGAAGCCGUCCACGACGUGUUCGACCUCUACCUGUGGCUGAGCUACCGGUUCAUGGACAUGUUCCCCGACGCCCUCCUUGUCCGGGACCUUCAGAAAGAACUGGACGGCAUUAUCCAGAGUGGCGUGCACAACAUAACGAAGCUGAUCAGAGUCUCUGAGUCUCACACGGCCUCGGGAGCCCUGGCCCUCCCCGAAGACUUCCCGCUGCCUCGUACCAGCGCCCGGGAUGGGAUGCUGAACCCGGAAGAUUUGCCCGGAGAGAGCCGGGCCCCGGCUCCUGGGCCCCGGCGGACCCAGGCUCCGAGGAGGAUGCGAGGCCCCAAGGCUUUGGGGGCGAAAGCCGUCGAGCCGUCGUCACCCUCUCUGGCUUCCAGAUUAGUUCAGCAGGGACUCCUCACCCGCCACAUGCUGAAACAGCUGGAGAAGGAGUGGCUAACCCAACAAAAUAACCACGGCCCGGAAAGAACAGAGGACGAGAGUGGUUCCAGGGGAACCAGGAAAAAGAAAAAGUAAACCCGCAGCGGAAUAGAUGAGCCUAAAUAAAAGCCGAACCCUUUUCGCACCC